GAUUAGUUAAUUAGGUUAAAUAAGAAAAUAAACUGGAUUUCUCCAAGACACUGAGGCCUAUUUCAGUUAUAAUAUAAGAAUUGUUUAACAUUUUCUUUUGGAAGUUCAUUUUUUUACCGGUUUACACUUAUUUUUCAAUGAACUGAGGGGUUUUUGUAAAAAUAAUUUGAAUUAAAACAGUUUAAAGCUGUUUUACAAUAUAAUUUCGUUUUUUCGUAGAACAAUGGAUUUUUUUAAUAAGCACACACUAGAGUGACUUACACAAAGCAUUGGUAGCAAGCAAGCUAUAUACAGGUCAGUAGUCGUUACAUGUAACUUGACGGAGAGGCAUCAACUGUUGAGUGAAACUCUAAACAAUACCUGGUUUCAAAGAAAUAAACUGAACAAAAAUCAUUAGCAUAACAAACAGCCUUAGAAAGAUACAUAGAAAGAUACAAGCAAAAUAUCAACAGCCUUAGAAAGAUACAACACCAACAGCCUUUGAAAGAUACAACAAACACCAACAGCCUUUUGAAGAUACAACAAACACCAACAGCCUUUGGAAGAUACAACAAACACCAACAGCCUUUGGAAGAUACAACAAACACAAACAGCCUUUUGAAGAUACAACAAACACCAACUGCCUUUGGAAGAAACAACCAACAUCAACAGCACCAACAACGGUUCCAAAUGGCAGAGACUAGAGGAUCCUGGGGAUCGUGGCUGGAGUUUCUCUUGUCAGCCAUUGGUUCUAUGGUGGGACUGGGCAAUAUCUGGAGGUUUCCGUACGUUUGUUACCGGAAUGGUGGCGGAGCAUUUUUGAUUCCCUUCUUUGUGUCGAUGAUCGUGUGUGGCUGUCCGCUUCUCUUCCUGGAGAUGCUCUACUGCCAGUACUCGAGUCUAGGGCCUGGGAAGGUCUGGGUCAUCUGCCCUUUGUUUAAAGGUAUCGGUUUCGGCAUGAUGACCCUGACCUUCGUUGUGUCCAUCUACUACACCAUGAUAAUGGCCUGGACGCUUUACUACGCUGCUCUCUCCUUCAGUUCUGUCCUGCCCUGGAGCCAAUGCUUGCCUCAUCAAUACCAGCUGUGUGGGAAUAGCAGUUACAGCUACAACGAAUUUACCAAUGAGACCAGUGUCACUAAUGUCGCCAAUCUUACGUUAUCUACAAUGAAAAACGCUACAUAUUCGUCUCGAGAGGAACAGUUUUGGUUUGAAGAGGUAUUGGAUGUGAGCUCUGGGCUGGAUGAAAUGGGAGAUGUCCGCUGGCAGCUACUGCUGUGUUUGGCCAGCUCAUGGGUCCUGGUGUUUCUUUGUCUGGUCAAGGGCAUCCAGAGCAUGGGCAAGGUUGUUUACGUAGCGGCUACCGCUCCUUACGUCAUACUUACCUGUCUCCUUAUCCGCGGCUGUCUGCUGCCUGGGUCCAGCCUAGGCCUGUACUACUACAUGAUACCUGACUGGACCAGACUUGCUGACUUUGAGGUGUGGAGAAGUGCGGCCACUCAAGUCUUCUUCUCUAUCGGAAUGGGUUUCGGUUUGAUAUCAACACUGGCCAGCUACAAUAAAUUUAAUAACAACUGCUACAGGGAUGCACUUCUGCUGCCCGUCUUGGACUGUGCUACCAGUGUCUUCGCUGGGUUCAUCAUCUUCUCCUUCCUUGGGUACAUGGCUCACAUCUCGGGUCAAACGGUCGACACGGUGGUCGAUGAAGGACCAGGAUUGGUGUUUAUCGCUUACCCAGCGGCGUUGUCCACUUUACCCGUACCACAGUUAUGGUCCGUGCUUUUCUUUCUCAUGUUGUUUUGUGUGGGGCUGGACAGUCAGUUCAUGCAUGUCCAGGGCGUGACAACAGCUUUGGCGGAUUGUUUCCCAUCUCAGCUGAUGCACAGAAGAACUCAACUGACAUUUCUGGUGUGUUUCCUGAGUUUUCUCCUGGGUAUACCUCUCACAUCACAGGGAGGGUCCUACAUUCUAAACCUGAUAGACUGGUACAUAGCCAGCUUCUCUGUCAUGUUGAUUGUCUUGAUAGAAGUUUUAGUUCUAGCCUGGAUUUAUGGUACUGAUCGUCUGUAUGAUGAUAUACAAAGUAUGAUAGGAUUCAGACCUUCGAUUGUUUGGAAAUUCGCAUGGAAAUUUUUUACACCAUUCUUCGUAAUGGUGCUAUGGACGUCUGGCCUGGUUAGCUUUCAAGGAAUCUCCUCCACGUUUUCUGGCUUUCCCCCAUGGGCCGAUGCUGCUGGCUUGUUCAUCGCUCUCCUGCCCAUAGUGCCCAUCCCGGUCAAGAUGGUGUGGACACUACUCACACUUGAUGGCUCUUUCAGGGAGAGACUUGGAGCCUCACUGAGACCAUCACGGCUGUGGAAGCCCGCGGAGCAAGUCAUGGAGAAAGCUGAGUUACAAACCUUGGCUUGAUUUUUGGGACUAAACCAUGAGAGACAAUGUCCAGUGUUUCUUUCAGGCAUCUCUUCUGGUGGGCAUUGCACCCCCCCUCGCCCAACCCCACCACACCCGAACCAAAUAUCAUUUGUAUA